UGCCUACUUACCGCUGUGAUGUGGCUGUCUCAUCAGCAGGUGGGAGCACUGAGCACCACUCGCGCGCAGACUGCAGCCUCUUGAACCAACAAAGAAGAAUGUUGUGAACAAGGAAGUUGAUAUUUUACAGGAAGCCAGCGGAUAUAUUUGAGUGGCCAUGUAUGCCCCGCCGGGUUCUACUGUCCCUGGAGGCCGGAGGAGGAGAGGGGGCACCUCCGUCCCCAAGCAGCCGGAGCGGAGCCUGGUGUCCGCUCUGCCCGGAGCGCUGUCCAUCACAGCGCUGUGCACGGCUCUCGCAGAACCGGCCUGGCUGCGGGUUCAUGGAGGCACGUGUCCGAGACAAGAGCUCGGGGUGGCAGAUGUCCUCGGGUACAUUGACCCCAAGCUUCUGGACGAUUACUGUGUGAAUCCACAGACCAUCCUGCUGAUGAGGGUGAUCGCUGCCUUUUGUUUCCUGGGCAUCCUGUGCAGUUUGAUUGCCUUCUUUUUAGAUGUGUUUGGACCCAAACACCCUGCCCUAAAGAUCACACGCCGAUAUGCAUUUGCACACAUCCUCACAGUGUUGCAGUGUGCCACCGUCAUAGGCUUCUGCUACUGGGCUUCGGAGCUAAUCCUGUCACUACAGCAGCAACACAAAAAGUACCACGGCUCUCUCAUAUACGUCACAUUUGCCAUCAGUUUCUACCUGGUGGCAGGGGCGGGCGGAGCCUCUAUCCUCGCCACAGCGGCAAACCUGCUGCGCCAUUACCCCACCGAGGAAGAGGAGCAGGCUCUAGUGUUGCUCUCGGAGAUGGAGGACAGCAGUGAGACGUAUCCCGCUGAUUAUGACAUUGCCAAUCAGUUUCAGCCGCCGCCUGCCUACACGCCCUAAUGCCGCCAGUCUGGCCUUGUUAAUUCUCGCUUCUUUCUCAGCACGGCUAUUGGCUCGAGGAGGAAAGUACCGCUCUUAUCAAAGGGAUAUCUUCGCAAAUACGCUCCAUAAUGAACACAGCGUGCACACUUGGUGCACAAACUCUUUGAGUGACAGUGCUUGGGUGCAUGAAAGCUUUCUUUUGUGGUGGCGUUUAGGAUACGGUUCUUACUUUCACCACUCAAAUCUUUAGUGAUUUGCAUGUAAAUGUUUUUUUAGGAAUUGGUUCUUACAUGUAAAGCAAACUAAACUCCAAGAGUUGCUUAACAUGGCUCAUCGCAAGUAAUUGACGAAACGGCAGCAGCCUGAUCAGUGCCAAUGACGGUAUUGACGUUGGGCUGUUGGCAGAUCAGCAGCGCUUGUAUUGCUCUCGGUCCGAGCGUGAAAGUUUUCUUAAACCUAAUUUUGUUUUUAUUUUUUAUAUGCUUGCAGUGCGUCUAACUUUAUUUUCCUAAAACAUGAAAAAUGUAGAAAUAUACUAAAUUUUUUAGACAUUUCUUUCUUAUAAAUUAUCAAAUGGACCUGGUUAUUUAUUUAGUUUUCUGUGGAGACGUUCUUUCUUUUGUCGGUAGACACCUGCCACUGGUUUAGUCUUAGGUAAUCACAUCUUUACUUGAAGCAAGAAAACUGUCAAAAUACGACCCCACUUUGUGGUGUUUUUAAAGGAGUGUGGCAUGUGUAGUGGUGGAGAGCCAGCAGCAACGCAGGACUUGAGAAACAUGGCUUUAUGUUUCACAAUGAGAGACAUUUAGUUAUUCAUGUCAUGUUUCUUGUAUUUUUACUUUGUGAUUGCCAUUCGUGAUUGUUUCAGUCCGUGUUUGUUUUAUGCACGUUCUUUUGUGUGCACAUUUUAACCCUUCAGGCCGAAUUGUAUGAGAACAUCUCGCAGCCAGCUGAGGCUUAAAAUUGUGAUUGAUGUGACUAGUUGGUUGUAUAUUGUUCCGUUUACUCAUUUCUGCAUUUUGUUUCUCAAAUUGUCAUCGUAUGCUUUCAUCCCCAGUAUGUAAAUAUUGAUUGUUUCUACAUAAAAAGUGGUCAUAAUAAAGAUUAAUGCCAUG